GCUAGUGCACGCCGGUUGUGUCGAAGUAUCGUCUUACGGUUUCGAUUUUACUGAUAAAAUUUAUUAAAUAUAACGAAACAUUAUUAGUGCCGGAAAGAUAAUCGAAAACAUUUAGUGAUCCCUGCCGGUGCGGCCCCCGGGGUUUUUCAGUGGCAGAGUGUUGUUAAUUCGGUAAUACUUAAAGUGUAUGUGGUUUCGUCUCCGGGAGUAUUUUAGGUCUUUUCAACGCCGAGAAUGUCGCAGCGCGACACAGUGAUACACCUCGUCGCAGGAGGGGUGGCUGGCACUGUAGGGGCGAUAGUUACUUGCCCGUUGGAAGUUGUUAAGACAAGGCUACAGUCGUCGUCUUCCGGUUUUUACCCACCAUCCGCCCACAAGGAACUAACAUCCGGUCAUGUGACAUGCAAAAGCUUUCCAACACCUCAGCAAAGGAGGAGACUAUGCACCGGUGGAUAUCCAAGGUACUCUAUGGUGGCACUUUCCCACUGUGGAGUCGCACCGCCACCCCCACACAGACCACCAGGCCUCGUUGCGUGCCUCAGGUUUAUUGUGGAGAACGAGGGACCCAGGGCACUCUUCAAAGGUUUGGGCCCAAAUUUGAUAGGAGUUGCACCAUCCAGAGCAAUCUACUUCUGUACAUACUCACAAAGCAAGUCAUUCUUCAAUUCAGUUUUACCCCCGGAUAGCCCGAUCGUACAUGUCUGCGCCGCCUCUUCAGCUGGUUUUGUGGCGUGUACCGCAACGAAUCCGAUAUGGUUUGUUAAGACGAGGUUACAGCUGGACCACCAUGCGAAUAGAAUAUCAGCUCUGGAAUGCGUACGAACGAUAUACCAACAAUCGGGGUUGCUCGGUUUCUACAAAGGUAUUACCGCCUCGUAUAUGGGUAUCAGUGAGACUGUCGUACACUUCGUAAUCUACGAGGCUGUGAAAACGUGGUUGACGGCGCGUAGGACUAGGACACCAAAUUCCGAAUCUAACUCAAAAACAUCGAGAGAUUUUCUCGAGUUCAUGGCAGCGGGUGCCCUCUCGAAGACCAUCGCUUCGUGCAUCGCCUAUCCACAUGAGGUUGCUAGAACGCGUCUUAGAGAAGAGGGUACAAAAUACAGAACAUUUUGGCAGACCUUGUCGACGGUGUGCGCAGAAGAAGGUCCGAGGGGUAUGUACAGAGGUUUGGCGACUCAACUUGUUCGGCAGAUUCCUAAUACAGCGAUUAUGAUGGCGACUUACGAGGCGGUGGUCUACGUUCUUACCCGACAAUUCCAAACCCCCACAUCGUCAUCUCCUACGCAAUUUUACGCAGAAGCUAAAUCAAAGAGAGAACUUGCCUAGGGCUUGCUUGUGGCCCCCGCAGACUAAGGGGUCCGCCAAAUUUUCUCAUAACAUGGGAAAUGGAAAAAAAAAAAAGAAAAAUUUCAACUAGAAAGUAUUGCGAACGUACUUCACAUUCGCAGUUUUGUGAAGAUCGCGUCUGCGGUAUAACUGCUUAUAAAAAAGUAAAAAAAAGGAGAGGAGCGCACUUGAAAAGUGUAAGAGUGUGCACGAAUUUGAUGAAAUGAUCGGAUAUAUUAAACUGCGCGUGAACCCGCCGGUUAUUGUCGAUAUCUGUCCUCUGAUAAUAACGGUACUAGCUGAUGUGUCAGUUGUGGAAAGCUGAAAGUGAGAUUAACCGACAGAGAAGUAUGCCAGGAACAGAAAAAAAUGUGUAUAUAUAUAACUAUGUAAAGACGAUAAUUAAAAAAAAACAAAAAAAAAAAAAAAAAAGCAAGAUAUGUUUUAAAAA